AUGUACAUCUACUAUCGCAUAUACGACGCAAAUGGUCCCAUUGUCCUAAAGUACCCUCUAAGUCUAUCCAAUCUCAGCUUCCCCGAUAACAAAUACGUCGGUCGCAUCGAUUCGAGCAAGGUAGUGCCCCCCUUCAAUGUGAAGAACCUGAAUUUGGCUAUAGCACUUCGGGAGGGGUAUCAAAGCAUAUUUGAAGCUGGAGGGGCUGAGCUGUAUACUACAUCAUCUCAAACGGCGCUGCCAAAUAAGCAAGGGCUGCCAGAAGACGCUGGUUUACACCUAACGAAUCCUGUUAAACUCAAAUUCCUGAUGAAGUUCGAGAAGCCCCAAGUCCAACGACGCAUCAGACCCCUCUCUGGGGCUGCGCUGCGGCCUAUAUCAUCUCAAAUUGCGACGGGACCUAAGCAAGGGCUGCCGGAAGGCGCUGGUUCACAAUUAACCCAUACGCCUAAGCCCAAACUCCCAAUAAAGCUCAAGAAAGCUCAAGUCGAGCCACGCGUGGGAUCUCGUUUUGCUGGCAAAUGGUCCUACACUGAUACAGGGACAUCUACACACUUUAUCCACAAGAAUACUUCUUCGUUCACCCUCCGAAUGACAUCCGAGGGUACAAUCGUUGCCUCCAGCUAUGAACGAUUCACAACCACCUACACAGGAUUCGUCUACCAGAGUCCCUUCAACAAGCCUAGGCCUCUUCCGCCCCCAGAUGAAUUUACAUACAAGCUUAGCGACUUCAAAGUCCUGGACAACUCCUUCAUCUCUUUCCUACGCACGGAUCAAGCCGCGGGGUGUUCAUGGAGGAUGUCGGGGUCUUUGAGUGCAGACGGAAACUCGUUCACGCUCAUCGCGAACCCGAUUGGGAAGGCAAGGCGACUGCCAUCGCGGGUCUUUCAGCGUCCAAAGAUCUAA